AUGGAAACGUCAUGCAGUCAUGCAUUUGGUGGACAAAUUGAAACGAAUAAAUUAGAGGAAACUUAUGUUCAAGUGUCAGCUCCGACGACGCCCCUGGUGUCAGUUUUAAAAAAACCCGUUGCAACUUUAACAAGUCGAUCCGUUGAUGCAAAGAUUGCAGCUCCAAUCAAAGAUUUCCCCGAACCUUUCUAUCCUGUUAAGCUGGGUCUGGCAGAUUCAGCCUACGCAGAAAAGGUGGAAAUUACUCAAGGAUGUUCUCACUCAGACAUGUGUAAUGUUUUUGAAGACCACUCCAUAGUAACUACAUGUAUAUCUUGGCCGUGCAAGCUCGAGUACUAUGGGGAUACCGUGACUCAGAAUUUGGCAGCAUCAUUCUUAUACAAACUAGCUCAAUUAGAAGAGGGACGUCGGUACCUGAAAUUCACAUCGAAAGUCACCAAUGAUAUAAAAAAGGUUUUAAGGAAAAGAGGAUCCAAAUUAGACAGGAAUACUGUUGAAUUAUUACAUGCCGCAUUAAAUGCGAUGCACCCACCAAUGACGCAACAUGUUAAUGGUACUUACCAAUACAGGCAUCUUGAUGAAGGUUACGGGAAUGAAAAUUAUAAAGCUCUGCUAGAAUUUAGAGCUUAUAUGUCGAUAGACGAAGUUUUCACUCACUUAGAGCUACUAAAUAAUUUAAGUGGGGAAGAAAAAGGCAAAAUGGAACUAAAGAAUAACUUGUCUAGUAUGCUGCAACUUUUCAAAGAUAUGUUGCAACAAUAUGAUAACAGUGAAAUGAACAUAAUAAUCACAAAUAUUCUAAACAACAUUGUGUCUAAAACUAUGUUACAAGAAAAAAAAGAAUCAGACUGGCCAAAACCUAUGAUUGUGGCAAAUAUAGCUACAGAGAUAGAAGACCAAUAAUAGUAGUGCCAGUUGAAAAAAAAUAAAGAUGGUACAAUGGUAAAAAAAGUAUAAUACCAGUAACAAUACAUCAUUUUUAUAAGCAUCAAGACCAACCCACAAAAAGUAAUUUAUAUUAAAACACUGUAUAAUAUUAUACAAAUUAUUUGUAACAAAUUACAUAAUUAUUUAUUUAAAUAAAGUUUUGAAUACAAUAUUAGUUUUUUAAUUAAAACACACCUUGGCUUAAUACAAUCUGUAAAUGCAUUUGGAAUGAUUAGUAAGUAAUCAAAGCUUUUUUGGUGAUUUGGUAAUGUGUUGAAACUUAUCAUAACAAGAGUUAAAUAUAAAGUUAACCAUCUAGAAUAUUAUUUUAUUACUAUUACCAAUUGGUAAUAAAAUCUGUUCACAUUUUGUAUCAAUACAAUAAUGAGAUGUAUUUUUCAAACAUAAAUAAUGAGAUCUAAAGAAAAUAACUUUAACUCUACAAAAAAGUCAAAUAAUAAAACAAAAACUAUUAAAGCACACAACAUGAAUAAAAAUAUAUAGCUGUCAACAAAUUAAAUUGUAUCAAUUUAAUCACUAAAGAAUUAAUCAAAUUGAUUAUCAUCAUAUUGCUCAUAAUUUCUCCGUGAUCUCUCAUAAACUCCUACUGUUCUUUUAUUGGAUGGAGCUGGAGCACUUUGUCUGAAUAACAUUGCCAACAAAAUAUAAAAGCCUCCCACAAUUUUGCUAAAGAAAUCCAGCAAGCCAAGGAACAUAGGGGUAGAGUUCUUUACCAAGAUAGACAUUUCUCUAAUCAAAGCUAAAAUAAAGUUUCCGAGAAAGUUUACAAACGAAGUACUUCCAGUGAAGAUAGCAAUAAUGAAAGCAAACAAAAAUGUAACGAAUUCUUUCACAUUGCUUAUUGAUAUGGCACCUUUUAAGGUGUCAACAAUAUCUGUACAAGUUUCAUUAAGAGAUGCAACACUAUUUUCCAGUUUUUUGUCAGAUAGUUCAGUAGUUUUACAUUUCUUCACAGCCCCAGUCAAAAUUGGUUCUACUUCUAAGAAUGCAUCUGAUAUGUGCCUCAAACAUUUUAAUGUCACCAUAACUUCAUCUUCUCUAAACUUCAAACUCUUAAUUUGGAACCAAAAUGGCCCAAAGGGUUGGUUAUCUAUCUCUGUCCACAAGCAAACCCCAUUUGUAGAACCCAUAGCUUCUGUAUCUGUAAUGCCUAUCCAAUGUGUGUUGGGGCAUAUUGUAAGUAAUUUGUGCUGUACCUCUAAUAGAUCCUUUUUUAACUCCACUUCUGCAGGGCUGACUACAACGACGUCACGGUAUCCGAUGCGCUUGUCCGCAAGUCUUCUUUCUACAUAACGUCCCAAAAAAAUGCGCGACUUCAAUCUAUCUUUAAGAUAGUUUUUAAUCUUUGUUGGUUCGGUAUCGUCCUGGCUAUCAUAUUGAGACGUUCCUAAAGAUGAGUUUAGAGAUAAAGCCGGCUUAAUUACACUCAUUAUAUAAGUAUGCUUUUAUAAAUAAAUUAUUGUAUAAACUUCAAAACAACAAAGAUCGCUCUGUCUGAUUCAGCUUUUAACAUU